AGCUAUUUCUUCAUGGGUGAAAUCAUUUCCACGGAAUGAUAUUCGAGAAGCUGAACUGAUUUUUGUUCCUGUUCACAAGGAUGAUCAUUAUACUGUCUUGGUGCUGAACAAGAAAGCAAAAAGGAUUGAAAAUAUUGACAAUCGUACAGACAUGAAGGACAUUGAUAGAUAUAAGCAUGAGGAAUUUAACGGUCUUACAUACUUUUGUCGUGCUUUUGAUUCUUUUAUGCAAGAGACUAUGAGAUGUCGUGAUUUUGAUCGUCUCCACCAUUGGCAAACAUCAACUCUUUACUUCCCUUGGAGAAGCAAGGACAACAAUUUUGAUUGUGGUGUCUAUGCAAUCAAAACCAUGGAGCUGUAUGACGGUCAAAAUACUAACCAUGCUGCACUUGUUGACCUGAAAAGGGCAGCCACCAAAAACCUUGAGCGGUGUAGGCUUGCUCUUCGUCUUGUGGACCAUCCUUUAAACAAACUGAGAGAGAAAGUGAAGCAUGACUGUUAUGUUUGGUCUGCAAAGAAACCUGAACUGAUGGCAAGACAGAAGAUAAGGAAGGAUAAAGAGGCUGUUCUAGAUAAAUUAGCAUUUAAUCGAUCAAAGAAGACGAAUAGAAAAGAAGCACACAUUUUACGGCGAAGGAGGGAUCAUGAGGCGAAAGUAGAAGAUGUGUUGAAUAAUAAUUUUGGAGACAAAGUGAAAAUAGAGCAACUGUUGAAAUUUCAUUAUUCUUAGGUGCCAAACUUUUUUUAUUAUUAUUAUAAUGUACAGUAGAAAUAGAAACCAUUGAAUUUUGCAAUGUACAGUACAAAUAGCACAGAACUCAUUUUACAUUUUAUAUCUGUGUUCUUUAAUGAAUUGUACAUUUACACUUACUUUGAAUGGAAUACAUUUGUGUAAAAA